UGCUACUACUGAACCAGUCAUUUGUUCCUUUAAAAAGUUGCCAACACUGAAUUAAUAAUAAUAAAUUUGGCAAUCAAUUAAUUAAGGAAUGUCAAAGCGCAAAGCUGACAACGAAAUGGCGACAGCAGCACAAAAAGUAAAUCCAGCAGAUGCCAUUCAGAUUGUGGGUGAUAUUACAAUAAACAAGUCGCAGCCGCUUGAGGAAUAUCAAAAGUUAAUAAAUACACGUGUGGCAGUUGAUCAAAUAGUGGACGACGACAUUACAAAGGAAAACUUCACGAAAAUUGCAGCUGCAGCGCGUGAUGUCAUCUGGCAGAUUCUGUUCAGCGACGAUUCCGAUUCCGGUUCGGAUGCCGAUGCAGCUGCUGAGUCACAGAAAAAAGCGAGCGAUUUGCUAGAAGAAUACAAAGGUGACGCAUGCUUCUACGAGCCGAUGCCCUACAACGAGUGGAUUGUGAAAUUGCGCGAUGAGCUGCUGCAGCGGCAGCAAUUGGAUUUCUGGCGGGAUACAAUUGUGAAGAAGCAAUUGGGUCCUUGUUGGUCCCGGGACUCGGAUCUGUUCGACAGCGACGAUGAGCCGCCGUUGGAGUUCUAUGCGCACGCCGGUUGCGUUGCCCCUUUUGCGACCAGUCUGAAGGUGCGGGCGGCCGAGAAGGCGACCAGCGGGGAUGAGGAUCCUGGGGCGGCACUUGAUCGCAGUAAUUGCAAUGAGGCCGCCUUGACGAGCGACUUUGAGGCGACCAUAAGCGUGGAUCAACCACUUAUCGACUAUCGGGAUCUGAUGAAGCGUUAUGUACUAACCACCUGCAUUGUGUCCGAUGAAAUCCAGCAGAAGAAUAUUGAUAAGAUUGGCCAGGCGACAAGAUCGACCAUUUGGAAGCUGCUGUUUGAGGGAACGCCCACACAGGUGGAGUUCGACAAGGCCGCCGAGCUGUUGCAGGAGUACAAAGGCGACGCUGGCUUCUAUGGCCCCUGGGAGUUUAACAAGUGGAUUGUCAAGCUGCGGGAUGAAGUGCUCCAGCGGGAAAUGCUGGACUUCUGGGGCCAGAAGAUGGUCGAGAUGGAGCUCGGUCCGUGUUGCGCACGUGAUUCUGAUUACUUUGAUAACAUGGAUGAAGUUCCAUUGGAAUUCUAUGAUAAAGCUGGUUUCAAAGCGCCCUUCGAUCCCUCCAAGAACUCCAAGGAAUAAUUCUUGUUCUCCAAUUGCAGCUUAGUUAAGUUAAUAUUUCCAAAAUUUUGUAAUGCUUCAAUCCAUUUGGCUAAAAGCCAGGAAACUAACUAAUUGUUAAUUAUAUAAAUCGUUAAGUUUUGUAUAUCGAAUAAACAAAUAACAAUGCAAGAACAGGUGGCAGUUGCAAUAAUCUGCCUGUUAAUGAAUUCUCAUAAAUAUAAA